AUGGAGUCUGGAGAGCGGUUAACGUCGUCGUCAGUCUCCUCUACUGCUGCUGCUUCGACUCCAGUGUCUUCUACACCAUCUGUAGCUUCAGCAAUAUCGAAAGGUGGCCUUCCCGCUGGAGCUGCAUCACUGAGUUCCACGAUCAACACAUGUGAAUGGUGGCGAACUGCGGACACGCACUCUCGUCCCGGAACAGCUUUUUUCCCACCACUCUUGGGAAUUCCCCCACUGUUUGCACCUCCUGCACAGAAUCAUGAUUCCGCUUCAUUCCACUCCAGAGGUACAGGAAAAAAUAGUCGGAGUAGUACAGAAAAAGGUAUAAAUGGAUCACUGAAUGGGAACAGUACCACUGCAGUAUCUGGUAUCAGCACAUCUGUACUAUCCACUAGCAUUGCUGCAUCACCAGGGCAAGGGAAAGCUGUAACCUCAGGAGCAGGAGUCCGCAAGUACAACCAGGAGCAAAGCAAAGUUCAGCUUUUGGACACCAGAGCUGACAAAAUCAAAGACAAGAAGCCCAGAAAAAAAGCAGUGGAAAGCUCUAGUAACAGCGACAGCGAUUCGGGCUCCUCUUCAGACACCUCAAGUGAAGGCAUAAGUAGUAGUGACUCUGAUGAUCUAGAGGAGGAUGAAGAGGAGGAGGAGGAUCAGAGUGCUGAAGAGAGUGAAGAUGAUGAAUCUGAUUCAGAAAAUGAAGCACAUCACAAAACCAAGAACAAGGUGCUAAUGCAUAGUGGCGUAACAGAUAUGAAAACUGAUGGACAAAAACCACACGAAAAGUCCCAAGAAAAAAGAACACACCAGCAGAUACCUCUUGUGUCUGAUUCGCAGACUCACUCAUCAUUCCAGUCCCAGCAGAAGCAGCCUCAGGUUUUGUCACAGCAGCUUCCGUUUAUUUUCCAAAGCUCUCAGGCAAAGGAGGAAUCUGUGAACAAACACACAAGUGUAAUACAGUCUACGGGAUUGGUUCCCAAUGUGAAACCUUUGUCUUUGGUACAUCAAGCCAAAAAGGAAACCUAUUUAAAACUCAUAGUUCCUUCCCCUGAUCUACUCAAAGCAGGGAAUAAAAAUACCUCUGAAGAAUCUGUCUCUUUGACCAGCGAUGUAAGAUCAAAACGGGAACAAAACAAACAGACUUUCCCAACAGCACAGCUAAAGAAACAGGAAUCAUCUAAGAACCUGAAGAAGGUUAUUGCAGCUUUGUCAAGCCCCAAACCAACAUCUAGUUCACCAGCUCAUCAAAAACUCACAUCCCUGGAAAACAACCAUUCUAAUCCAUUCCUGACAAAUGCACUUUUAGGUAAUCACCAACCCAAUGGAGUUAUUCAGAGCGUCAUCCAGGAGGCUCCUCUUGCACUUACUACGAAACUGAAAUCCCAGACCAAGAUCAAUGAAAGUGUAGCGAUUUCUAGUAGUGCCCCCUUUUCUUUGCCAGUAAACUUGAGUGCAUGUGGGAAAAAACCAGCUGGUAACCGGACACCUGUUAUGCCCUCUACCUCUCCUGUGUUACCUGGUUCAGGAAAGGAUAAAGCAGUCAGCAAUAAUGCAGUAAAUGCAGUAAAAACACAACACCGCCAUCAUUCUGCAAAACUGGUGGUGGAGCAGUUCAGAGGGGUAGACUCAGAUGCCCCCAGCAGUAAGGACUCUGACGACUCAAAUGAUGAUGAUGACGACGAUGAAGAUGAAGAUGAGGACGAUGAAGAUGAUGAUUCUGAUGAUAGCCAAUCAGAGUCUGACAGUAAUUCUGAGUCAGAUACAGAAGGGUCUGAGGAUGAAGAUGAUGAGGAUGAUAAAGAUCAAGAUGAGUCGGAUACAGACACUGAGGGAGAAAAAUCUCCGCUGAAAUUGAAUAAAACUUCAUCCUCCGUGAAGAGCUCUUCCAUUGCUCUUGCAGCUCAUUCUACCCCGCUUAACCUCCAAGUAGCAAAGACCCCAAGCUCUGCACCAGCUGCCUUAUGUCCUGAGUCCCAGCCUGCGGUUUUUCUUGGGACAGCACCAUCUACUCUUACACCAAGUACACACUGUGGUAUUUCAAAAAGACGAAGAGUGACAGAUGAACGGGAGCUGCGUGUUCCUCUUGAAUACGGCUGGCAGAGAGAAACCCGCAUAAGAAACUUCGGUGGUCGUCUUCAAGGAGAAGUGGCAUAUUUUGCACCUUGUGGGAAGAAGCUGCGACAGUAUCCUGAAGUAGUAAAGUAUCUCAGCAGAAAUGGAAUAAUGGAUAUCUCAAGGGACAAUUUCAGCUUCAGUGCAAAAAUAGGAGUGGGUGACUUCUAUGAAGCCAGAGAUGGACCGCAG